GGGCCGACUAUAUUGACAGUAAGUUGUAACCUACAUUCUCUCAAUAUCCAAGGUACUAUUCACAAGUAUUUCCGUACCGACAAACCAACAAAAUUAAUGGAGAACCAUGCUAAAGUGGCUUGCCAGCUGGAGCCAUGGCGAGAACUCACCGGUAAAGUGGUGAUGAUCACCGGCGCAUCAUCGGGAAUCGGCCGAGAAUUCUGCCUCGAUUUGUCCAGAUCUGGUUGUAGAAUCAUCGCCGCCGCUCGCCGUGUUGAUCGAUUGAAAUCUCUCUGCGAUGAGAUCAAUGGAUUCAGCUCAUCAAACUCGAACGAGUCAAGUUUGAAUCAGGAAGUACGAGCCGUAGCUAUAGAGCUUGACGUUAGCGCCAAUGGUUCGAUCAUUGAAGCCGCCGUGCAGAAAGCUUGGGACGCCUUUGGACGAAUUGAUGCUUUGGUUAAUAACGCUGGUGUUAGAGAUGAUGGCAAUUGAAUUGGGACCAUACAAGAUCAGAGUGAACUCAAUAUCACCAGGACUUUUCAGAUCUGAGAUAACAGAGGGCCUCAUGCAAAAAGACUGGCUCCACAAUAUUGCAUUGAGAACCAUUCCCUUGAGAACACAUGGAACAUCAGAUCCGGCUUUGACUUCAGUGGUGCGUUAUUUAAUCCACGAUUCUUCAGAAUAUGUUUCAGGAAACAUUUUCAUAGUAGAAGCUGGAGCUACUUUACCAGGUGUCCCAAUUUUCUCAUCCCUUUAGUUAUAGAGAAAAUUGAAUUUGUUCUGUUGUACGUAAAAGUAUUAUCAUACAGGAUCUGAAGGUAAAAAGAUAGAGUAUUAAGAUGUUAAGGAAAAAUUGAUCUGCUUCCAUCAAUUUUAUGUAUUAUUCAAUUUGUAAAAUGAACUGUAGCUUGAGAUCUUGUUACAGUUUGAAGAUAUUCUUGCCUAAAGAAAUUUUAUGCUCUGGUUUGAGACGUUUAAAGUAAACAAUUAAUGCCAGUCUUCUCUUUUUCA